AUCGAGCCCAUUCUUUUUCUUUAUUCCGUGGAGUGUUAACUCUUCUGCUGUUAGGAAGCCACUAUGUCUGGACGUGGAAAGCAAGGCGGCAAAGCUCGGGCAAAAGCUAAAACGCGUUCUUCCAGAGCCGGGCUUCAGUUUCCAGUUGGCCGUGUGCACCGCCUCCUCCGUAAAGGCAACUACUCCGAACGAGUCGGGGCCGGCGCUCCAGUGUACCUGGCGGCGGUGCUGGAAUAUCUGACGGCCGAGAUCUUAGAGCUAGCUGGCAACGCGGCUCGCGACAACAAGAAGACCCGCAUCAUCCCGCGCCACCUGCAGCUAGCCAUCCGCAACGACGAGGAGCUAAAUAAGCUUCUAGGUCGCGUGACCAUCGCACAGGGCGGUGUCCUGCCCAACAUCCAGGCCGUAUUGCUGCCUAAGAAGACGGAGAGCCACCAUAAGGCCAAGGGCAAGUGAAAUGAUUACUAGUCAAGUCCAUCAGUGAUCCCGAGUCCCAGAAACCAAAGGCUCUUUUCAGAGCCACCCACGUUUUCUGUAAAGUGCUGCAAUACACAUACGAUGCCUAAAAUCUCAAUGUUCAUCACUGUCCUAGUUGUACGAACGCUUCUGACGUUACUGGUUACUUCUUGAAAUCCUUGCUCACAUUUCAUGCACUAAUUUAUCUUACUGGUGUUUCUUUGCAGUAAAAAUGCGUUUAUAAAGAUAUACAAGAAUAAAAACCGAGGUGUGACACCAAGGUCUCACUGCGUUAUUUUGUGUGUAGGUCCAUGGUGUGUAUACAAAUUUAUCAUUAAUACACAGGCUGUUUAUUCAAGUGCACUUGUCAGAAAAGGCUGAAAUAUUAAUACAGAAAUGAGAACAAAGAAGGAUAGCUGCCCAUUAGCAUUUCAGGGCGGGCUUUUUAAGUUUUAAAGAUGACUACAUUCCGACUGGGCUCAGUGGCUCAUGCCUGUAAUCCCAACACUUUGGGAGGCCAAGGCGGGCGGAUCACAAGGUCAGGAGUUCGAAAUCAGCCUGCCCAACAUAAUGAAAGCCCAUCUCUACUAAACAAAUAAAAAAGUAGCCGGGCAUGGUGGUGUGCAUCUGUAGUC